AUAGCAGCUCAGUCUUCACUUACCAGUGAAGUUAAGUUAACUUAAGUGUUCAAAGAAGUCGUGGUGUUUUCUUCACUUUGAGAUGAAGCGGGUCUAUGAACAUAAAGUGUAGUGUAUAUUGUGUAGUGUAAUCGGGAUGUUUUGAUACUCUGAGCUGACUCGGUACAUUAAGGAGAUGAAAGGUUACUUUGUUUCAAAUGGCAGAAAAAGACUUUGAUCUGUUAGGAGCUUCAGGAUUCAUCAGAGAUCGCUUGUAUUUCGCUACAUUACGAAGCAAACCCAAAAGUACCGCAAACACGCACUACUUCUGCACCGACGACGAGUUCGUGUACGAGAAUUUCUAUGCAGAUUUCGGACCGCUGCACUUGGCUGCUCUGUAUCGCUACUGCUGCAAACUGAACAAGAAACUCAAGUCGUUUACUCUGACCAGGAAGAGGAUCGUUCACUACACGACCUUCGACCAGCGGAGAAGGGCCAAUGCAGCCGUGCUUAUUGGCUGUUACUCCGUGAUCUACCUGAAGAAGACCCCAGAGGAGGCCUUCAGGUCGCUGACCUCCGGGACCAACGCCUUCUACCUCCCGUUCAGGGACGCUUCUCUGGUCAGUUGUACCUACAACCUCUCGGUUCUGGACUGCCUGCAAGGAGUCUGCAAAGCUCUGCAGCACAACUUCUUUGACUUUGAGACAUUUGAUGUUGAUGAAUACGAACACUAUGAGCGAGUAGAAAAUGGAGACUUUAACUGGAUCGUCCCUGGAAAGUUUCUGGCGUUUAGUGGACCUCAUCUGAAAACUAAAGUGGAGAAUGGAUACCCUCUUCAUGCACCAGAAGCCUACUUCCCGUACUUCAGGAAACACAACGUGACGACCGUAGUCCGCCUGAAUAAGAAAGUCUACGAUGCAAAGCGCUUCACAGACGCCGGCUUCCAGCAUCACGACCUCUUCUUCGUGGAUGGCAGCACGCCCAGUGACGCCAUCAUGCAGCGCUUCCUGCAUGUCUGUGAAAGCACCCAAGGAGCUGUCGCCGUCCAUUGCAAAGCGGGCCUCGGUCGUACGGGCACUCUGAUUGGCUGUUACCUGAUGAAACACUACCGCUUCACCGCCCCAGAAGCCAUCGCCUGGAUACGCAUCUGCCGCCCGGGCUCCGUGAUCGGGCCCCAGCAGCAUUUCCUGGAAGAGAAACAGGCAGCUCUCUGGACGCUGGGGGAGCAGAGUUCUCAGAAGGCCUUGCAGGACGGGAGAGCAGAUCUAGGGGGGAGGGCGGAGUCAAGGCUAAUUUCCUGUAUGGAUGGCCUUACGCUAAGCCCCUCCCACAGCAUGACGGACAGGCCAGUUGAGGACCUCAGGGAGACGGCGGCCAUCGUUACCCAGGGAGACGAACUACGAGCUCUAAAAGGCCGUCGGACGCUGCGCCUACCUGGAGCCCUACGGCCUUUAGAAAUGAAGAUCCACAACAGACCAGCAGCUCAGCAACACAGAGUCCCUAUAGGUUCCGGUGUUAAGAGGGUCAGUCGAAGUCCGUCCACCUCAAACCUCAGAAGCACUGCGGCUAACUCCAGGCUAGGCAACUCCCUGGGCGACCUCUACGGCGGUGAGGUGGAGGAGGCCAGGCCGACCUACAGCCCUCUUCACCCCCCGUCCUCUCCUCGCUCCCCCGCGGCCACCCUCCUCCCCCGGGGCCCCCGAGUGCCGCCCAAGGACCCCGGUCAGUACUUUGGCGCCCCUGGGAGGCCCAGUGGGAAGAAGGCUCCGGGACCGCAGGCUCCCUACAGCGGGCUGAAGGCAGCCUCCGGGCGAUACCUCAGCCGCUCGAUUCCUUCGCUUCAGUCGCAGUACGCAGAAUACUGAGGAGCAAAGCUGGACCAGAAGUAGGAGGCUGGGCUUUAUGGGCCAGCCUCCCUCACCCUACCUCACCCUAACUGACCCUCCCUCCCCCUCCCUCCCCCUCCCUCCCCCUCCCUCACCCUACCUCACCCUAACUGACCCUCCCUCCAGCUCCCUCACCCUACCUCACCCUAACUGACCCUACCUCACCCUAACUGACCCUCCCUCAGCCUACCUCAACCCUAACUGACCCUACCUCAACCUAUCCUUCCCUAGCCUACCAUAGCCUAUUCUGCUCUUCCCUACCGUAACUGACCCUAGCCUAACCUACCCAACCCUAGAUUAACCUUACCCUACCCUAGCCUACCUUACCCAAGCCUACCUAACCUUACCCUAGCCUAGCCUAGCUUACCUAACCUUACCCUAGCCUACCCUACCCAAGCCUACAUAACCUUACUCUACCCUAGCCUACCUAACCCAAGCCUACCUAACCCAAGCCUACCCUAGCCUAGCUUACCUAACCUUGCCCUACCCUACCCUAGCCUACCUAAGCCUAUCCUACCCUACCCCAGCCUACCUUAUGGACAGGGCAGCUCCAGGAGAACUGCUGUGUCCUACAAUAUGAGCACUGGUUGUUUUGUCUAUAUUAUUACAAUGCAUUGUGGGUACACACUUAAGACAUAAAAUACUAUAUAUUUCCAUUACAUUGGUUUUAUAUUUCUUCACCCCAUGAAGACAUUUUCAUAUGUAGAAUAAAUAUUUUUGUUUAAAGAUUUUA